AUGAUGACCGACCCAUUGAAUGCUCUUGACACCAAGAUGUGGAAAAUAAUACCUGAUGAUACCACUGAGCCGGCCGAACUGCGAGAAUUGAAACUGGAACUAGCCAAUAACACAUGCAAAUGUAAAUUAUGUGCUAUUCAUAAUAAUUCAUUGCUGGAUAUUGGUUUCGGGUGCUACGACAAGGAAGUUCAGGUGAAAAACAGCAAAAGUUUUAAAGACCGAUUCCCUCAGACUCUGUUUGGUACUAAAUCUCUUACAAAUGAUCUUACUUUUCGCAAAGAUACCUUCUGUCCCGAUUGCCACAUCGCCAUGGUUAUGAAUUUAUUAUCAAGCAAAGAAGCAAGAGUAUUGAAAGAUGAAGAGUCUGAAACCAAAUCGGAAAUGUUUAGUUGUGAUAAAUCAACCGAAAGAGCCGUUGUAUUUGCUGAAAAAACUACGUCUACAAAAGAGGAACUGAAAGGUCAUUCCGAAUUAUCCCUAUGCGACAUGAUGAGUGAAUAUUCUACGGAUAUGUCAACUUACUUUACUCGAAAUCGAAAACGAAACAAUGAAAAGGUGACUUUUGAAGAAAUUCCUAUACAAAAACCGAAAGUCCCGGUAAUAUCGCGGAACUGCCUUUGCUUGGAGAACUUUGUUAAUUCUAUUAGGCCGCCAUUGGCUUAUGGCGUCAUGCGUUUUAAGUAGCUGGAAUAAUUUCCACAUAAAAAUCCGUCUUGAUAAUACAAAAAUAUCCUACCUACUGCUUAAAGUUAUGCUUGGGUAUAUGAAGCAUCAGCUGGUGUCAUUUAGUAAUUUGUCUGGUUACUAGUAGUAUAAAAAAAAAUCAAGGUAA